UCUUAGUACAUCAUUUCUGACCCAUAUUUAUAUAUCUUUAAGAUAGAGAUCACCUAAGAAGAGGGAAGAUUCGGUAAAUGUUGUCUCUUGGUUGGGUGCUUUUCCCUAAAAUUUACAGUCACUCAUAGAGUCAUGGUUUUCCUCUCCCUUCUCUUAGUUCCUGGACUUUCCCUCAGAGUUCUCUGAUGCCUUAGAGUUUUCCCUGCUUUUAUUUCCCUUUCUCAGGUGCUUUUACUAUUUUCCCAGAAGGCAGGCAUCACUACCUUGAGUUGCUUCCAUUGUUUUCCAUCCUUUGGUUUCCUCCAUCUAGCCAAACUGGUUUGAGUCAGCUACACCCCCAUAUGAGCUCCUGGGGCUCUUCAGGUGGUGGCUGGCCACCCAACCCCACCCCUGGGCUUGGCUUGAAGCUCUGAGUCAGUUCCAUCUCUACCCGAGCCAAAUCAAACCUGAGGCAGAAGCUGAAACUCACAGUACCUCAAGGCCUAUAGCCAGGUGAUGGAGGACGAGGAGAAUGCAGUGGAAAUCUUGGUGAGCAACAUGGAAGCUGCUCAUUCUCCAUCCCCCAUUCGCUGCUGCUGGCUCCGCCUCCGCUACUUGGCAGCUACUAGCAUUAUCUGUGGCUGCUCUUGCCUGGGAGUCAUGGCCCUUGUGUUUGCCAUCAAGGCGGAAGAGCGGCUUAAGGCAGGCCAGUCCGAGGAAGCCGUGCACUGGGGGGCCCGGGCCCGGAGGUUCAUCCUGGCCAGCUUUGCCGUCUGGCUUGCCAUCCUCAUUAUGGGCCCCCUGCUUCUGUGGCUGCUCUCUUACGCCAUUGCUCAAGCUGAGUGACUCUGGGUGGCCUCUGCUGAGAGUCAGCCGGGACCUCCCGGAUCCUGCAAUGUGACAUUGCUGGAGUCCAGUGCCAGCAGUGGUCCUUCCUGGCUGGAGGAUGGUGCCUCUCUCAAAGGGCUUUUUGGAAGAGCUCUUCUAGCCCUUUAUAAGAGGAGGCAGCAGCUGAGACUGAUGAGGGGAGGUCAGCCUGUUCUGUUUUUUCAGUGUUCAUCAUUCCCUGUUCUCCCUCAACUUACCUAAUCCUAGCUGCCUCUACCCAGAGGUGGGGUUGAAGACCAGGCCUGAUUUUAUUAGAAUUUGUUUUGUAAUAAAAAUCUUUUUUUAGUGGUGAACUGCUGCUCCUGUCUACUUGUUCUUUGUUUACUUUUCUCUGGACCUUGGUGAGACCCAGAGUGGACAUCUGACUCACAGUAGAAGUCUGCAUUUUUUCCUUACCCAGUUGCUCCUUGAGAAGGAAAGAUUUUUUUUCCUUCUUCUGGAAAUACCUCUUUUUAGAAAGACUCCAGCUUCUCCCUUACAUCCGAACAGAGACCCUGAGACCAUAGAACAAGAGUAGUAGCACCAGUUACUAUUUAUUGAGUGCUUGAUAUAUCCCAGGUUUUCUGAACACCUGGGAUAGGUGUGCUCUAAAAAUAAAAUUAAAUAAAUAAAUACUUUAUAUUUUUUAAUUCCUUCAGUUCUCACAGUCACUCAGUAAGUAAUAAGUGCCACUGUUCUCAUUUUAUAGUUGAGGAAACAGGCACAGAUUAUAAGGUCAUACAGCUAGCAAGAGGCAGAGCUGGGAUUGAACCCAGACAGUUUGGUUCCAGAGUUGAGAGAGGAGUGAAAGGAUUAGAUAUAGCAACCAUUACCCUCUAUAUGGAGAUGUCUAUGAUUAUAGUGAAUUUCCAUACCCUUUAUCUUGGGCAUAAUGAUAAUAUUUUAAACAUUUUAAAAAUGAGAUAUAUCACACAUACAGGAAAAUAUCCAAAACAAGUACACAGCUGAAUAAGUUAACACAGAGCAAACAUCUGAAAAGCCAUCAUUGAGUUCAGAAACUGAACAUUGUCAGCACUCCAAAUCCUCCUUAAUAUGCCUCCUACUCACUAUUUACUUUGUUUGAGCAGGUAACUAUCAUCCUGACUUCAAACAAUGUAGUUUAGUUUUGCCUGCAUUUGAAUGUUUUAUACAUGGAUUAAUAUGUAUUCUUUUUAUGUCUGGCUUCUUAAUGUUCUUUGUGAUAGUCAUCAAUCUUUGAUGUAACUAUACUUUUCAUUACUAUGUAGUAUUCCAUUACACGAAUAUAUAUCCAUUUUAUGUUGGUGGAUUUGGGGGAUGCAGUUUGGGGAUAUCAUGAAUCAUUCUGCUGUGGAUAUUCUUUCUGGCACAUGUCUCUUGAAGUAUGUGUGCCCUGGGAGUGGAAUUUUUGGGUUAUUUUAUCAUAAUUCAGAGACCAGCAGAGCACCUAAAAGAUUUAGAGAUACUGCAAACUGAAGACAGAAGAUUAAAAGGGAAGGAGAAGCAUCUGAUGGUUGUCUUCAGUGUUUCAAUGUGCUCCAAGAAGGAAAAAGUGAAGAGAAUUCAUUGUUGGUUUCAGAGUUUAGAAUGACACCAUAGGUAGAGGCCAGGCUUAUGGCAGCAGUUCUCAACCCUGAACCAUGUGGGGAACUUUAAGAAGUACUUAUGUUUGGGCUUUACCUUUAGAGAUUCUGAUGUAAUUGGUGUGAGAUCCUGCAUGGUCCUCAGGAUAAUACAUUUUAGAGAGAUUUUUACAGAAACUUUAAGAAGCUGAUAUUUGAUUAAUCAGCAUCUUCAGUUUGCUAGAAAAGAAUAUCUCAUUUCCUCAAACUGAUUGAGGUCUUGCUAAUUUUUAACUGCUUUGAAAAAAAUUUCAAACCUACAGAACAAUAAAAGAAGAGCAUAAUGAACUCAUGUGUACUGUUCA